UUGGUUAUGCGGAGAGUCGCAGCUUUCCUUCAUUUCCAACAACAGACUUUUUGUUGUCUGCUGCUACACACCGGCAUUGUGUGUGUUUGUGUGGCGGUGUUUUUUUAUUAUUACUUCAGAAGCCUGGAUACAAACGCGUCGCACUGCAGAGAAGCUUGACGUUCCUGUGCCUCCAUCACUCUCUUCACAGGGAUGUCGAAAUUAAAGCUGAUAUCAGUAACUGACACUCAGUUUCCUGUGUCGUUGCUGGAGGCCAUCAGCGAGCAGCGAAACAACGGUCUGUUCUGCGACGUGACCAUAAUCGUACAGGACCGCAAGUUCAGGGCACACAAGACAAUGCUGUCGGCGUCCAGCACUUACUUUCGCCACCUGUUCUCAGUCGCAGGACAAGUGAUUGAGCUGAAUUUUAUCAAGGCGGACAUAUUCGAAGAGAUCCUUAAUUACAUAUACACCUCGAAAAUCCAUCGGAUUCGCUCCGACAAGCUCGAAGAUCUUAUCAGCGCUGGUCAGAACUUGGGUGUGAAGUUCAUUGCCAAUCUUGCGACCCCACUUUCCCAAGUCAAGGGGCUGCCCGGCUUGUCAAAAGAAGGAGACGGAAGCAGCGUCGAUGCCGCUGAGAAAAACGAAAGCGGAGUGAAUAUGCCGAUCAUUACAGAGUCGUUCUCGUUAUCGGCCGAGGAAUUCAAAAUGGUAAGCGCCAACGUCGAAAGAGAUGAUAAAGACAACGACGACGUUCUGUUUGUCUCGCAGCUGGAAGCGCCGAAAGCUCAGAAGCAAUCUCAGGUUAUAGAUUUGGAUGCGGAGGAAGGACCAGAGCCUAAAAGACAAAAAGUCACUAAUGAGAAAGAAAAGAAUCCUGAAAAGGGAAAAGCCCAAAAUGAGGAAAGCACUGCCCCUUCAGAAAGUAAAGUACCAAAGAAAUUCCAAGAUGACCCACAACUCCGUGCAAUCCCUGCAGCUGUCAGUAUGUCCCCAAACAUCAGUGAUUCCGUUAGGGCCUCUGAAUCAAGAUCCUCUACUCAGAGCGCAUCCUCUACUCAGAGUGCACCCUCUACCCCACCGUGUGUAAAAAGUAUUUCCCCUGAACUACUUAAAACCACUCUGCCUCUGGAACCCAGUGAAGUUCUUGGCGUUCAGAAGAAAAAGGUUUUGUUGGAGCAGUCACCAGAUCAGUCGGGCAAAAUCAGACUGUCUGAUGUAAGGCCUGUCUUCGGCACUAGUAAUGGAACUGGGCUAGAUGCUGCUCUGACCAAGAAGACUAUCACGUUAGAUAAAGCUUCAGAAAUUGAUUCGCUGUCAUCAGGAUGCAAGGUUUAUGCCAACAUCGGGGAAAACACCUAUGACAUUGUUCCUGUGAAAGAGUGUUCAGGUGAAGGAGAAGCUCGACCCGCCGUGGGACGAAAAUCGCAGACCUCAGUACACAGUGCAGCUAAUCAGACCGUUGUCUCGCCUCGAGGCAAGAAAAAAGGGAAAGGGGAGCAAGAGGAUCAUUAUGAACUUAUCAUGGACGGAAAGACCUUUUAUGUGUGUAUUGUGUGCAAGCGUCCCUACGUGUGCCUGACGAGCCUCAGACGGCAUUUUAACACACACUCUUGGGAGAGGAAGUACCCGUGUCAUUACUGCGACAAAGUAUUUGCUCUGGCCGAAUACAGAACCAAACAUGAGAUCACUCACACAGGUGAGAGAAGGUACCAGUGUUUACUGUGUAAUGAAAUGUUCCUCAACUACCAGUUAUUGUCUUCGCACUGCAAACAAAUGCACAAUCAAGACCCCUCAGGCAGGAAGGAGAAGGACGAUGCGGACAAUAACUUGUACCGCUUGCUGCCGUGUAAAACUCUACAGUUCAAGCCGUACUCUUUCGUCUCGGGCGAGAGCGGGGGGAUUCCGGUCAUCAACGAAAACGGGAUUGUGCAGCACGUUAACCCGGCCAGGCCGCAUUUCACAAAUCAGGAACUCCCCUCCAGCCAGGGCAAAAUGUUGAACUGGGACGACAUCUUCGUCGAACCCGAUGCGCACAAUCGACCAGGGGCUCACGCACGACCUGGACCCCCUCAUCGUUCCCCAAACCAAAUGAAUGUAGAGAACACGACAGAGUUUGAAUUUGUCAUACCGGAAACAUACUGAGGUGGCAUGUUCAUACUGCUGAAUGCUAUGUGCCUUUUAAUGUUCCAGCUUUCAAAGAAAUACAUUCUUGCAUUGAUUUAACUGGAGAAAAAAAAAGAUUGAACACAUGAAAUGUUUGUGAUUCAAGAUGGGGUUCGAGUGUUUUGUCCGAUUUGCGUGUUUGAAUUUAUUCUGUAGCUCUUAAUAACAGUUCUCUAAUGCUUUUAAGCUUGGCAGUACUUCUACAACAAAUAUCUGGAUACAUUUCCGAAACAAACAGUAGUUUAAAGACGGGGUAACUGAGGGAUGUUGACUUUAUUAUGAAUCGUGUGAAUCAGCCAUGUGUUGCAAUGUUGCAAUAAGGACGCCAAGGAAACUUCAUGUUGUACCUUUAAUCUGUGAAAGAAGUGUGGAAAAGCAAAAUGAUGCCAGUGGGGAAAUGGCAUGAGUUUGGACAAUGAAUACAGAUUUUUAGUUCAGAGUUUCUUUUUACACAUGAAUCAUAUCCAACAAGUUUGCGGUAUUGCUAGUUUGGCAAGACUUUAACGUUUCAAAUAAAGACAAACUUAAGUCUGAGA